UUUUUGAAAAUUGACUAGCCGCACCCUAACGUUUAAAAAUUGACGAAUCGGCCCCUGUCUAUUCGCUCCGUUAGACAUAUCGACCCUUCCGUGGCCCCCUCGGUUGAAACUCAACGAAAAAUGCUGACAUGUGACGGUGAGCAUGUGAUCUGGCAUGUACACAUCAGCUUAAUUUCUUAAGACAAUUUGGCCCCUUCCUAGUCAUCAAAACGUCGUCGUUUGAAAGGAAGGAGAGACGCGCGUUUUAUUGACCCUCUCCCCCUUUCUCCCCCUUUUGGAACCCUAACUCAAGUAGCAACCAUGAGUGACGCAGAGCUAUCCUCAGCCGCUCAGACCCGUCGUGGUUGGAGGAAGGGUAGGAUGGGUUCGAGUAAUGCUAGUGGAGAAAAGAAGGUGAAGUUUCAACACCCUAAAUGCAAGUGUGGAAGUUAUGCAAUCAUGCAAGGAUCUGCAACUGCCAAGAACCCAGACAGGAUCUUCCUUGAUUGUUGUCACUAUCGUACAGAACGACCUCACUGCAACUACUUCAUGUGGCUGGAUGAGCUGAUUUUCUGUCAUUUUGCGCAUGAGAAAGACAUUGAUGUAGAUGGAAGAAUGUUGAUGCUAGAGAACAAGUUUGAGCAAUUGGAGCACAAAGUGGAUUUGGCAAUUAAAGAAAAUUCAAAGAAAUGGAGUAUUGGGUUUAGGGUCUAUGUCAUGGUAGCCAUGUUGAUUGUAUUAGUAGCAGUGAAAUACGCUGUAGUCUAAGACAUAGAUUGUAUGUUGUUGCAGAUGUAUGGUUAAUGUUAAAAUAUGAAAAGUUUGCUUUUGGGUAUGUAGUUACUAUGUUGUAUAUGCAUGGAUUGUGAGUUUGUUGUAUUAAUGAUAAUCUAACUUUGUGUAAUAGUUACAGAUCUAUGAAAUCCUGGACAGUGUGAUUUAUAUCCAAAAGCAAAGGAGUUUCAUUCAUAAUACUAUACACAUAGGCAUAGUUUAGUCUGCUGAUGUAACAGCUGGAAACAAAAUAAAAUGUUUUGUUGAGCUAAAUGUUUACUCCCUAAACAAAAGAUCACUAUAAAAAGAGGAAGUGUUUUUCAAGUGGGACUUCAGUCCAUAUCAAUUUUCUACCCAACAAAAAAACUAAAUCUAGAACAGCAAAAAGGGGUACCACUAGGUCUAGGGGUGUCACAGCCACGUUGUUGAUUCCACUUGCUUCAACUCCAUCCAAAUUCUGUGCAACACAAAAAAAAAUACAGGACCCAUUUAGAUUCAGCCAGGCAAAAAAAUUAGGCACAUAAAUUUUGAGCUACCAAAAUUUACAACAUGACCUGUUCUGGGGUUACAUUUGUAGGGUUUGAUUGAUGUCCAGUUGGUUGUUGCUUUGGCUUCUUUCUCUUUGGUUGCCAAUUAGGGUUUGCUGGUGCACCUUUACAUGUCCUAUGAUAGUGCCUCUUCUGUCCACAUUUGUUGCAUGUCACCUGGAAGCUCUUCUUCACCUUGUGUCUUUGUUCUCUCAUCUGAGCCUCUGCCACCACAUCAACAUUCCUCUUUUUAGUUGGUCUUCCAGGGGG